CCCAACUAUUUAAGGGCAUGGGCGCAGCACAGCCCUUGCCCACAUCUGUCUGUCAGAUCUCAGCAGCUGGAGGGAGAGCUAAAAAAAGCAGCACCAUCAUGCCCACUGGAAUAGUUUGUUCCAACAUGGGUCUCAAGGCUGGAAAGCGCAUUGGUGUGAAGGGCGAAAUCUCUGCAGGUGCCAAGAGCUUUGUGCUGAAUCUAGGGAAAGACCAAGCCAACAUAGUGCUGCACUUCAAUCCACGUUUUGAUAUUCAUGGGGAUGUCAGGACCAUCGUGUGCAACUCCAUGGACAAAGGGGAGUGGGGUGCUGAGCAGAGAGAAUCAGCCUUCCCCUUCCAGGAGGGCACCAAUGUGGAGAUCUUCAUCACUCAUGACCCAAGUAAUCUAACAAUUACUUUGCCAAACAACCAUCAGUUCAAGUUCCCUAACCGGUUGGGUCUCCAGGUCAUCGACUUCCUGAAUGCAGAAGGUGACUUCAUAAUCAAAUCCAUCCAGUUGGAAUAACUCCCCACUCCUCACACACCAAAGAUAUUUAAAAGGAAACACAAUAAACACCACUGAAUUUGGUCUACUAAA